CCCACGCAACAAAAUACCCGGCAAUGAUACAGAGCCUCAGUUUCCCUCUUCUCCUGAAUCACGCCUUAUUGUUACUCCUGUUACUCCGCUAUACACAGUCGUCCAGACCUCACUUUGACGGACUACAACCAAGAACACAACUUCUUUGACACAGCCCACAAUGCCAAUCAGCCUUUGCCGCACUACCUAACACUUCACUUGCGCUAUCACGACCCGUAUUCAUACUCUGAAACGAAUAAUAAGAUUCACGAGUAGAAUACACCUGAACUGCGCAGUGGUAAGUUGACAUACGUUAACAAAAACCACGGAGAAUGGAAUAACUAAUGAAAGUAUGAAAGUCACGGCAGGUGCGCACAUGUGUACCGAUCACAAAUAACCAUGUGCGUUGAAGACUUGGCCUACUGCCCCUUCUGCGGCUGCAGACGCCGGAUCAACUGGACCCGCUGCGAACUAUACGUCAAGGGUUUCAAGGUGGCCUGGCACAAGCAUACCAACAUCUUGGAGAACCCAUGCUUUCCCAACCCGGAGUUUUGUCCCCGUCGCCGCAAGAACUUGAAAGUCCCCAUCCGCCCCGGUGCCUGUCCGUGUGGCCCUGCCGUUUUUCGGGAGACGAAUGAUGGAGGUGACUGCAGCUCGCAAGACGCUUGCAGUUCCCUGGACGACGACAUCUCGCUGGAUGACGACAGCUCCCUAUAUGACAUUGUAAGCCCUCGAUAUCUCAAUGGGGUCUCUCAAGACGCCAAAGGCAGCACCCGAGACGGCAAUGAUGGAGCCACCGACGAACCAGAGGGCAGUGAGAUGUACAGGUACAAGAACUGGUGUGAUAAAGUGCCGCUCUACAUCGAAAGGGACCCCCCCACAGAGAAGAACGAGGAUGAGGAUGAUGGCCGUCACAAGAACCCGUCCGGUGUCGUCUCCGGCUGUCUUGGCCACCAGCUCCGCGCCGCAAUGGUGAUGCAGAGGAACGGUGACUGGGAAAGGACUUGGAGCCAUCGCGCUGUGAGACUCCGAAGGGGUCCGAGUCGAAUGAUCGUCCUCGGAAGGUGGCCGGAAGAGGACGCGCUGCAGGUUGAACCUCGACGCAGUAAUGCAACACCCUUGCCUAACGGUCAGACCCGGGAGGGCAGCGGCGGCCAGAAGGAACUCGAAAAUCAGAAAGAUCGAGAGGACCACGAUGAUUCGGAUGAUCAGGAUGAUCAGGAUGACCAGGAUGACCAAGAUGGCCAGGGUGGACAGAGAGGUCAGCGCCAACCGCCUCCCCGGCCAAAUGCCCAGCGGCGAAAUACCAACCAGGUGCAGCAGGCUCAGGGUGGCGCUCGAGCAAGGGCUCAGGGUGGCAGGCACAUCAGGUGGGUUGAUGACAUGCCGACUCGACGCCAUCCGUAUGCCGGACAGGCCGGACAACCUGGACAACUCGCACAGCCUGGACGACCUGGACAGCCCGGACAAGGGCAAAAUCAUCAAGGCGUCGGGCCUCAGACCCCGACCCAGGACAACAACCAAGGUCCCCCUAGACAACGCAAUAAGAUAGCGAUUGUUCGGCCGGGCGGAGUGAUGCGUCACAGGACUUUCAACGGGCCGCUAGUGUUGCCCCGACGAUAGACAUGGGAGUCGACUGAAGUCCCCCGGGCCGGCACAUACAACUUCCGCAACAAGUGUCGCAUGGUUCAUGAACAUUUUCGCUGCCGCCAUGGCGCGUAGCUUUGGGUUCGGAUGCUUUGGAGAGGGGGU